GAUAUGAAGGAUAUUAUUAUCUAAAACUGUGAUAUAAAAGUACAAUGCUUUUCAAUAAAAUUGGCAAGACUAUAUUAGUUAUGUUAUCAAUAGCUUUUGCUUCAAACUUCGCCUACAAGUUUUAUAACAAGAAGAAAAGGAAAGAGGCGCCUGAAAUAAAUGAGGUUAUUAUAUUUACCUAUAGCGAAACAAAUUUAAGACAAAGCAAGUACUCACGUUGCAAGAUAUCGCAUAGUAUGGAACGUUUACUACACUAUUUAAACUCUCCUCGGACUAGUAUAGACAUCUGUAUGUAUGUUAUAACAAAUCAAGACUUGGCAAAUGUUGUUGUAAAAUUGCAUAUUCGUGGUAUAAGAGUUCGUGUAAUAAUGGACGCUGACAUGGCAUUUUCAAAUGGAUCAGUUAUUAAAAAAUUUACUAAAUAUAAAAUUCCAGUCCAUUGGAAGAAAUCUACAAAUUUGAUGCACCAUAAAUUCUGUUUGAUUGACGCUAUGGAUGAUGUUGACGAAAAAUCAAUCCCCCUAGUCAUUGCUGGGUCUUUGAAUUGGACAAAUCAAGCCUUAAACGGAAACUGGGAAGACAUAAUUGUUACUUCACAGAAAGAUCUGAUUAGACAAUAUAAAACUGAAUUUGAAAGAUUGUGGUUGCAGUUUAAAUGUGUAGUUAAUUUGACAUAA